AUGUCUAGGCACAACAUCCUCCACCUUUGGCCCUUUCUCAUCCAUGACCUCAAAUCGCUGGGUGCAAAAACCUUCUUCGGAAAGUUCUGCGCGGGAUCCAUCGACCACAUCAGCAUCCGCACGCUUCAGUGUAUCCUUCUGAAGGUCGCUCUCCUAUUUGGCGUCCAGGUCGUAACUGGUGUCGCCUUCACGAGACUGGUUGAACCCACUGGUAAGCGGCCCCUGUACUCCCAUCUGUUGUUACUCCACCGUAGCGAUGCCCCCACAUCCAUCCGUCUAGAAUUUGCUCUUUUCAUCAUCUGA